AUGCAGGUCCAUCAGCUCGUGGCACUAUUGCCCCUCCUUGCAGCUCCCCUCAGCGUCCUCGCCAUCCCCAACGGAGCAUGCGACGGGCAAUCCGACGGCCUAUCCAUCACAUGGUCCGGCAACGCCGAGGGCGCCUACUACACCUUCAACAACGGCGCCAGCACCGGCCCCGCAACCGGCUGCACAGACCUCGGCUCCGGCUUCGCCGGCCAAGUCGGCAUAUCCUACAUGGGCGCCAACGGCCACCCCCACGCCGACGGCACGAUUCUCGAAACCAACCCGUCCGGCUACUUCGACAUCAGCUACAUCCUCGGCUACACCCUCCCCGUCGUCUGUUCCGCCAACGGCGCCUCCACCGGCUGCGCCAUCGACCUUUUCGGCUCCGGCACCCCGUGCCCCAGCGCCGUGCAGGACGGCGUCUGCGUAAACCCCACCGGCCCCGGCGGAUCCAGAGACCCGGGCAGCUACCCAAACUCCGCGACCGCUUGGCCGUGGUGCAACGCGUGUUCACCACCGGACCCCUUCUUCGCACCCUGCUCGGGCUCCGCCUACACCUACCCUUACGAUGACGGUGCGACGGUGGGACCGGCUACGGGCUCCAUACAGUGCUGUGUUGGCACCGCGUGCGGCUCUACGGGCAGGGAGGGUAGUGGGAAGGGGGGCAGCAACGAGCCGAACCGAGCCCAACCUUGCGCUCCUUGCGCUUCCGGCAGCAAGCGGAGCCUUCUCGGGCGGAGGUGGAGCAAGGAAGAGUAA